AUUCAAAUAAGUCAGGUUUUCCGUGGUUUUCCCUCAUUAACCCUCCUCCUUUUGACCAUCCUAGAUGAGAAGAAAGAGACCGACUUCAUCGACUUCCUGUUAUCAAAUGCAAAUUGUUCUUCUAUACUCUUUGACAUAUUUCCCGGCAUGCACUCAAAGGAAUUAGGAAUAUUAGAACAAGGAAUCAGAAUGUGCAGUUCACAAGCAUCUAAUGAAAGUUCAUUCUUUCUUCUGGUUACACCUUUUUUGUUGGCAAGGAAUCGACAGUUCUUUCAUUCACAUUAACACACAAUUUUUAUUUGUAAAGUCCCCCUUUUACUGUUCAUAAGAAGCCCAGAAUUUCUCCUUUUCAUGGCUUCCAUCACCAUAAUAUUCUCCGUGAUAUUUUCCCGAGAUUAUAAAUAAAAGAGUCGAUUAAAAGGUUGUUGAUCAUGAGGCCAACGAACCCUCAUUAUUACUUGGACGAUGGCGAAUUUGCAACUGCAAUUGCUGCUUCUGCUCAUGCCAUACAUUCCCUUGAAGAAGCCAGCACCAAACAGUACCUCAGAAAUAUAAAUAACAGAAAAGAAGAGCUCUUUAGGCCACCUCAACCAGGUUCCAUAUGGAGUUCAUCUCGACAAGAUACUAGGACUACAUCCUUCAGGCGACCUCCUCCUCCCGUUGUAGAAAACCAAAGACAAAGGGGAACUUCAAGGGGGCGUCGAAAUGUAGAGACUAAAGAAGAUGUUUGGGAAAGAUCUCAAUUGGAAAAGAUUCACAAAAGAUACCAGAAGAUGCGAUCGAACAUCCUUGCUUGGGAGAACGAGAAGAAACUGAGAGCGAGGCAGCAAAUGGAAAGAAACAAGAAUGAACUGGAACUGAGAAAGUCAAGAAACUCGAAACAUUACCAAAACAAGCUAGCAAGGAUUGAUCAUAUUUCUACUGGAGCAAAAGCACAAUUGGAGGAGAAAAGAAAAUAUGAAGAUUCAAUAGUGAAAGAAAAAGCAAGAAAAAUGAAAUCAACUGGAAAGGCUCCUAUCAGCUGGUGCUGUUUCUAAUGCCAAUGAGAGGCCUCAUUAUAUUGUGUAAAAAUAAAAUAAAAUAAAAUCAUAAUUUAAUUAUAUCAUGUAGAGAUGUACUUAUUUGAAGACCCCUUUUUCUCCCCUGUGAUAAACUAGGGGUGAUCGAAGUUUAG